GUUUAAAUAUCCCUUGCCUUCAGUGCAGAUGAUUGAGAGAAGCAGCCACUACAAACAGUGGUAGACUAUCACAAGAGAAGUCCUCUGAAAAACACUUUUGAUUUGGGUUUGGUUUUGGAUGAUUUUUCCUCAUGGCUGUGAGGGAGACUAGUUUUUGGAAAGGGUUCAUUUUAGCCCUUUUCCUCUUUGCUGUUGAUGGACAGAAACCAGGGCCGUUAUUCAUGGUGACGUUCCCUGCACUGAUUGAGUCUGGAUCUGAGGCCAAAUUAUGCAUUACUCUUCUGAAACCCCAAGAGAACCUCACAAUUACAGUGUCUCUGAUGGAUGAGAAAAACAAGACGACUCAACUCGUGCAGCGGGCUUCUUCAACGUCAUUUCACCGUUGUUUCAGCUUCCAGGCUCCUCGAGUAGAUGGAGAUUUGGUGCAGAAGCUAAAGGUGGACGUUCAAGGGAAGGUGUUCAGAGCGUCUGAAGAGAGGAAAGUCAUGUUUCGACGUUACUUACCUUUGACCUUCAUCCAAACAGACAAACCCAUCUACAAUCCAGGACAAACUGUGAACUUCAGAGUUGUCACUAUGGAUACCAGAUUUGUGCCUUUUGAUCAGAUGUACAAUCUGGUGGUGGUGGAGGACAAUAAUAAUAACCGGAUUGGUCAGUGGACCAACAUUUCCUCAGCGGGUUGGAUAUUGCAGCUUUCUCAUGAGUUGAACCCAGAGGCUCGGAUGGGCAUGUACACACUAAAGGCUUUUAUUGGUGAACGCACAAUCUCCCAUGUUUUUGAGGUGAAAAAAUAUGUUUUGCCCAAGUUUGAUGUGACCGUAAACACACCACAGACGUACAGUGUUGGAGAUGAGGGACUGAAAGUUGAGGCUUGUGCCAAAUACACAUAUGGCCAACCUGUGCUUGGUCAAGCAUUGGUGGAAGUGUGCCGUGAGCCGUAUCCAUAUGUUGGGGUUCCUGAUUUGACCCGUCGUUGCCUGAAUAAAACUGCGAAGAUGAAUGACACUGGCUGUGCAUCCCUUGCCAUUGAUACAUCCGUGUUUUUCAACACUAAAUUUGAAACUAAUAUGCAAGAUACCUUUCUUGUAAAUGUGAACGUCACUGAGGUGGGAACAGAUGUAGUGAUGUCAAAAUCUGCAACAGUGUCCAUUACGUUUGAAGUUGGCAAAGUCAUGUUAGUGGACCUCCCAGAUUACUUUGAAGCAGGAUCAAUGAUUAAUGGAAAGAUAUCGGUGUCUCGUUUCAAUGGUACUCCAAUUGCAAACAAAGUGGUUUAUCUCCUGGAUGGCAACAGCUGGCCCAAUAAACUGCUGCAGAAUAUGACCACAAACCAGAAAGGACUGGCCACAUUCUCACUCAACACUGCCAAUCUUCCUAAAGCUGCUCUUAAUCUUGUGGCAAGUGUGACUCCAGAGGUUGUUUAUGGUUACAAAUCGCCGUACUUCACUACAGAUUCAAGGGUUAUUCAGCUUCUCCAAUCUGCUUCUCCUGACACCCCAUCAUUUAGUGAACUGACUAUAGUGAAGCUCCAGCAGCCGCUCAAAUGUGGUGCUGUUGUUCCAGUGACCGUGAAGUAUUCUUUUGUUGGAGAGGCUGGUGAUUACAGCACUGACAUCGUCUAUAUGGUCAUGUCCAGAGGAGUGAACGUUCUCCAUGGAUUUCAGACAGUCACAGCGACAGCUUCUACAGUCAUGAGUGGCUCGGUGUCGUUCCAACUGUCUGUCAGUGUCGAUAUGGCUCCAGUAGUGCAGAUUCUGGUCUACUGCGUUCUGCCAAGUGAGAAUGUGGUUGUUGGUAGUGCAUCAUUUGACACAGAAACGUGUUUCCAAAACCAGGCGUCUCUACGGUUCUCUCCUGCUAAGGCUGUUCCUGCUGAGGAGAAUGUUCUGACGGUCUCUGCUCAAGCAGGAUCUCUGUGUGGCAUCAGUGCUGUAGACCAGAGCAUCCGGAUCAUGGAGCCAGGAAGACGUCUGAGUGCUGAAAUGGUGUUCAACUUGCUCCCAAUUCGAUCACUAUCUGAAUAUCCAUAUGAAGUUGAGGAUGAACAGGAGUGCCUAAAUGUUCGACCCCGUCGGGCCAUUCCUACAGACCAAGCCUACGAAACCUUCAAGAGCAUGGGGAUGAAAGUUGCCACAAAUUUGCCUAUCAGAGUCCCUCAGUGUGUGCUGUACAGAGGCCUGAAUUAUUAUCGUAACUUCUAUUAUGUAGAGCAUUAUCGUCAACCUGUAGCCAUGGCUAUGGCUGGAAUGGCUCCAGAAGUAGCAAGUGUUGGAGGUGACACUUCCUCUUCUGAUGUAACUGUCAGGACUUACUUUCCAGAAACCUGGAUUUGGCAGCUUGCUCAAGUGGGCGCAACUGGAUCCACACGAGUUCCCCUCACUGUUCCUGACACCAUCACCACAUGGGAGACGGAGGCGUUCUGCCUGUCCUCAAAAGGUUUUGGUCUGGCUCCUCCUGCUCUGCUGACGGUCUUCCAGCCCUUCUUCCUGGAGCUCUCCCUGCCGUACUCCAUCAUCCGUGGAGAGUCUUUUGAUCUGAAGGCCACUAUCUUCAGCUAUCAGUCCAAUUGCAUCAUGGUUAAAGUAACUCCAGCUUCAUCCAUGAACUUCACUCUUAAACCAUAUUCUGAUCCAUAUUCAUCCUGUAUUUGUGCCAAUGGGAGAAAGACCUUCAAAUGGGCUCUCUCUGUGUCUGUUCUCGGUGCCGUCAAUGUGACUGUCAAUGCUUCAGCUGAACCAUCCCAGACUCGAUGUGGCGCUGAGGUCGUGACUGUGCCGACAAGAGGACGCAUUGAUGUAGUCACUCAAAGUCUACUUGUCCUGCCUGAAGGAGUUGAAAGGACAAACACCCAGAGCUGGUUACUGUGUCCCAAGGGAAAAGUUCUUUCUGAAGAUGUGACUCUGAUGUUUCCAACAAAUGUGGUUCAGGGAUCAGCCAGAUGCUCAGUUUCAGUUCUUGGGGACAUAAUGGGUCGUGCACUGAAGAAUCUAGAUGGGUUAUUGCAGAUGCCAUCUGGCUGUGGAGAACAGAAUAUGAUCAUUCUUGCUCCAAAUAUUUACAUCCUGCUGUACCUGGAAGUCACGGGCCAACUCACCACAGCCAUCCGAGCAACUGCCAUAGGCUACCUUCAGAAUGGAUACCAAGGACAACUAAACUACAGGCACAGUGAUGGUUCAUACAGCACAUUUGGUUAUGAUGCGUCCAAUACAUGGUUGACCGCCUUUGUCAUGAGGUCUUUUGGUCUAGCGAAGCGUUUCAUCUUCAUUGAUCCGAAUGUCCUUCAGAGUGCAAAGGAUUGGCUAAUAAGCCAGCAGGGUUCAAACGGUUGUCUCGUGCAACAGGGAACUUUGUACCACAAUGACAUGAAGGGUGGAGUUGGUGAUAACGUGACCAUGACUGCAUACGUUGUUGCAUCGCUGCUUGAACUAGGAGUUCCUGCCACAGAUCCUGUCAUUACCAACGCUCUGGCAUGCUUGAGGCCCGUUGUUGGGAACCUGGGAAACACUUACACCACAGCUCUGCUGACCUACACCUUCAGUCUGGCUGGAGAGACCACCACUCGAUCACAGCUUCUAACAACCUUGAACAACCUUGCCAUUUCUGAAGGCACGAAGCUCCAUUGGUCUCAGACGACAUCUGGUGAUACUCUGGCGGUGGAGAUCAGCUCUUACGUCCUGCUAGCGGUUCUCGCUGUUCAACCCCUCACAACGGCUGAUCUGGGCUAUGCUAACCGCAUUGUCAAUUGGCUCGUGACCCAGCAGAAUGCCUAUGGAGGCUUCUCAUCCACCCAGGACACAGUGGUGGCUCUUCAGGCUCUGUCUGUGUACGCUGCUCAAGUGUUCAGCUUGGACGGCACCAGCACUGUAACCAUACAGUCCUCAGUAGUAGGAGGAGACUCUUAUAGCUUCAAUGUAAACCGGGACAACCGUCUGCUGUAUCAGGAGAAGCAGCUGAAGAACGUUCCUGGAAAAUAUAGUGUUAAAGCAUCAGGAUCCACUUGUGUGUCUGUGCAGGUUGCGUGUUUCUACAACAUCCCGACCCCCGUUAAAGACUCCAAGACACUGACUGUUGAAGCAAAGGUGACUGGAGACUGCCGACCUCUUGGUGCCAAUCUUAUGUUGAACUUCACGGUGAAAUACAACGGUGUAAAAGCAAGCACUAACAUGGUUCUAGUUGAUAUUAAGCUCCUGUCGGGCUUCACAGCAGAUACAUCACCGCUGGGAUCUCCACCCCAGUCGUUUGCCCCGCUAGUGGAACGGGUUGAUGCUGAAGAUGAUCGUGUCCUAGUGUAUCUGAAAGAAGUUCCCAAAGGCGUCCCCAUGAGUUACACUCUGCAGCUGAAACAGGUUUUUGCAGUGAAGAAUAUCAAGCCAGCAGUCAUCAACGUUUAUGACUACUAUCAGACAAGUGAUUCGUUUGAGACGACCUACACGUCUCCUUGUCAGUGACUUUGUCUCCUUGUCUGUGACUUUAUUCAGUACUGGCUGUAAGAUGUUUGCUUAAUAAAACUGCUUUCAUUCAAUCA